ACACAAUAACUAAGAGAACCGCACUCACCUGGACUGCACGGUAUUCACCUGAGCAUACGGUGACCAAGGCACUGCUGGCUAAAUCACUUCAUUUGCUGCCACCGCGUCAACGCGAUCAGACGCGUGCUCAAUCAUUCUGACAGACUCUUUCACAACUAUCGCUCUCAUCAGAUAAACAAAUAAUUCUACUUUUGCAGUUCAGGGUGAUUGAAACUGCAGACCAUAAAACCAAUUGCUGGAUCGAAUCCCUGCUAAUUUUGGUUUGUCUGAUAAACUGAGGUUUUGGGAAGUUGAAUGAAGAUGAGGCGCGCUUGGAUCCUUCUCCUGGUACUCCUGUUGUCAUCGGAGAUACUUCUGGCCUCGGCGGGGCGCGGGAGGGGCAGAGACCGGGCCCGUGACCGCGGAGAGAGGGUCCGAAUCCGCAAGAAGCCCAAAGGCCGGGACUGCGGCCGUAUCAAGGAGAACCUCUGCACGGGAGUCGGGCUGCCGUACAACCGCACCGCCCUGCCCAACGUGUUCGGCCACACCAACCAGAAGUUGGCCCGGCAGGCAGUGGAGACCUAUCGGUCUCUGAUUGAGUCUGGUUGCUCGCCGUAUAUCAGGGUGUUCCUGUGUGCUUCACUCUUCCCGGAGUGUCCGAGGAGAAAACGGGAUGAUCCAAGACCGCCCUGCCAGUCCCUCUGCGAGAAGGCUCGUCGUGAUUGCGAGUCGACCCUUAACUCCCACGGGUUCCCCUGGCCCGAAGAGCUAACCUGCGAGAACCUCCCCGAGUCUCGAAAGGGAGAGAAGCGAGAGAGAUGCAUCAGUUAUGAACCACCAAGACCAGAGUACUGCGGCUUUCACAAAGAGGUGGGCCCGUGCCAGACCUACUACCCCUACUGGUAUUUCAAUACCGGCGCGGGGACAUGCCAGCCGUUCACGUACGGCGGUUGCUUCGGCAACCAGAACCGUUUCGCGUCCAAGGAGGAGUGUCUGCGCACCUGCGGCAUGGGAUUUGAUGAAAAGAAAGAUGAUGUGACCACAACAGUGGACAAGCAGAUGGACACCACGACGACAGCGGGAACCACGUCUACCGUCACGCCAUCGCGGGUACCAGUCAUGGACGGUGCCCCGCAGGAUAUCAUGAUCGCCCAGGGACAAGGGGCGACGCUCAAAUGCCACGCAGAGGGCGCCCUUGAGUACACGUGGUCGCGCGUUGAUGGCAGCAUGCCAGAGGAAAAGAUAGUCAGCGAGAUGGUGCUAGAGAGUGGGGCCACCUUGGUGCUACACAACCUGACCAGACAAGACUCGGGUUUAUACAAGUGUCUCGCCGAGAACGAUGCGGGACAUACAGCGGCUACUGCCAAGAUCACUGUCAUGGCCAAGCCACAGAUAACGCAGAUGUCGGUCAAUGUGACCCUGAAUCGAGGGGAGCCAUUCAAGCUGACCUGCCAGGCCACGGGGUCGCCACAGCCUAGAGUGACGUGGGAACGGAAGGACGGAAAACGAGUUCUCAUGAGGCGUAACGGGACCAUGGCCUUCCUAUCCGUGGAAUCAGCCAGUACCUCAGACUCUGGCAUCUAUUUUUGCAAAGCAACCAACUCACUUGGAUCCACAACCGAAAUGGUUCACGUCAAAGUACUCGUACCUCUGACUUUAUACCGACCCCCGACAAGGAACACCUCGGUCAACGUUGGGGAGGCGAUCACGUGGUCCUGCGCAGCAUCCGGCUUUCCUCUACCGAGUAUACACUGGGAGAAAAUAGGAGGCAAUCUGCCAGAAGACAGAAUAACCCUCGACGGCAUGAUGGAGACUAGCGUGGAUGGCACCAAUGACGUCAUAUCCAAAUUGACCCUCUCCGACAUCCAACCCAACGACACAUCGGAGUAUCGAUGUGUCACGCAAGGCACGGCGGGAAACGAAAGCAGCGUGUUCAGUCUGACGGUGAAUGUACCACCCCGAUGGAAUGAGAAGCCAAUCAGUAAGACAGUCAACCAGGGUGAUGACGUCACACUCAGGUGCGACGCGCGAGGCACUGAACCGCUGAACGUCACCUGGCGUAUUGAGAACGGCAGGAAUAUCAGCAUGCCCUUCGAUGGCCACCCUCGCUACUCGGUCGACGAGGAGACACGUUCGUUUCGAAUCGCUAGUGUCGAGCCAGCAGAUAAGGAAUUCGUGUACCAUUGCGAGAUUGCCAACGACGCGGGGUCUAUCUCGGCGAGUGCCAAUCUUCAAGUUAUCGAGCAGUGGCAACUGCCGAGUAUUACCGCCCCCUUGCCCAACCAGACUGCCUUCGUGGGCGACGAUGUGCGCAUGUCCUGCCAAGCCUCGGGCGACCCCGCCCCUCAGGUCACGUGGUUCCUGCAGGACCUGAGCAUCGAGACGCUAAUGGACGAGAGGUUCGUGGUGAGCGAGAGCGGGGAGGAGCUUAGCGUGAGUAACGUGAACCUGCGUGAUUCGGGGACUUACAGCUGCGUGGCGGCUAACGUGAACGGGAUCAAGAGAGAGAAGGGAGAGCUUCGUGUCGUUGUGCCAAGUUUGAAGCUGACGAAAGGCCUGACCAACACGACAGUCGAGAACGGCAGCGCGCUGAAUCUCGUCUGCGCAGCCGCAGGCGACCCCACGCCUGAAGUCACGUGGUUCUUCAACGACAAGCCAAUCAACGUGAGCGCCGCGCCGUCCUACGUCAUAGUGGGCGGGGAUUUGUCGGUGUCUGAGAUGGCGCCGCAACACGAGGGCAAAUAUGGCUGCCUGUUUAACAACGAGUUCUUUGUGGUGUCCUCGAUCGCGAUGGUGAACAUCACUCGCAAACCGGCCACGUCUACAUCAGACAACGAGGUCUCCAUCCCCACCCUCAACAGGACCACUUCGCCCAACGAUGCGACCGUUGACUCAUCGGCGACGCCUGAAUUGGAGAACACUUCCUGCCAAUGCACCAAGCCCGAGGCCUCUCCUUGUGAAGGAGAGCAGCGACCAGCCAUCAAACCUCGUCGCUAUGACAUCACAGACGCUGGCUUGAAGGACUACUUCAGGGGCUGGGUUGACGUCACGGGACAGGGCGCCGCCAACGACUACUGCCGAAUCAUCAAGGCGCGAACGUCCACUCGUUUUCUGGACACAUCGAUGCAGCUAGCCUGCGCUAUAGCCGGUACAGCUGGCCAAAGCGAGUACAACUACGUGUCCGGAGAGCGAUUUGAUGUAGGCCAGAUGGACACUUGGUACAUGAGGGAUGAGGAUGGCGACGGGAGAGACGACUACUGCAGGUGUACGAGUGACGCACCAGACGGUCAGUUCGUCUACUGCACCAAGGCCGACGUGGGCGGUUUUCACGGAGCGCCUGGUAUGGAAGAGUCGCAAUACUCGUUCAAAGCGCGCGGCGAUCGGCGCCUACUCCGCAAGUGCCGCAAACGGAAGGUGGACCCUUUCUUUGGCAUCGCUAGCUCAUCUGAUGACAACUGAAGAUGGAUUAUGUAAAUUGGGUAAAUGAUUUUGAAGAAAAAAAAGAGGAAGGUUUUUGGUCAGAGUGACAAUACUUUCAAAUAUAUACAGUCCUAUCUAAAGUAAUGCUAUUUUGGUUCAACAAAGAAAUUGACUGGAGUGGGCUUGAACCUGCGACCUCCAGAUUACCGUUCCGGUGCUCUAGUGAGCUAUCCAGCCCAAUGUUGGCAGUUCCCCAUUUAAAUUAAUGCUAUUUAAAAUGCAACAGACCCUUGUCAUGAUGAAGUGUUUUCAAAAAAGGAGUACAGUCCGGUUUGAAAGAUGCUCGGAAAGCUUAGUGCGCCCCAUUCGGAAGUGAAGCUUCCGUGCCAAGUAAGAUGUAACAGACUCUGAAGUUGGCCAUAAAAGUAUAAGAACAUUUACUGGAGCGGACUUGAACCAGCAACUUCCUGAACAUCGCACUGGGGCUGUACCAAUUGGUUUCCCACUUGCGGAACAUGUCCUUGUUCAUGUUGCUGCAACAUUGAAAAUAAUAAUCUGAUCUGUUGUCAUACCAAAAAAGUGAAAUGGUUUUGAAACCAUUAUGAGAAGGAUCCCGAACGAUGAGGUACUUAUUCGAGUAUUUGUGUUCACAAAUGAAUUGUAUUCACUCUUGAAAGUAACAAGUAAUUUGUUUCUCAAAAUAAUAGUUUCAUACCUCCUUAAAAUGCCUGAAAUCUAGUCUGUAAUUGGCUGUAACAGUCACGUGAUCGACGACUUUCCUCCAAUCAUUGUAUUCAAAUGACCACGUGGCCGGCCAUGUGGUUUUCUCUCAGCCAAUCAGAAUGCUGUAUUGAUGAAUGAAAUCUUGGAGUGUAACAAAAACUGUACCAUAGUUAUUUUUGCCAAAAGGAGAGGAAAACGGAAAUGGUAUUUUUGUAAAACUGUACACAACUUGGAUUUUUUACGGGUACGUAGAACGGGCGUGUUGCUGCGCCAAAAUUCACAGGUUAUUGGAAAGGUAUUAAAAAAACCGAUCGGUGUGGAAUAAAUAUACACACAAAAACUGUAUUUGUAAGUAACUUUCGACACGUAUUGGACUUAUGAUUCGUAUUCGUGUAAUCUUUGCAGGUAAAUUAACGUUUGCUAUAAAUAUGUUGAUAUGCUUUUUUCAAUUGUAGAUGUAUACCUCUUAGAAUUCACAGCGAAGUGAAGAGUUCUUAAAGUAUUUCUCUGUACGAUAUCUGAAGGUGGAGGCUAUUAAAAUAUAAAUUCAGACUAUGGUGCUGUAUUUUGCAUAUUGGCAAAGAAAGCUAUGGAAGGUGGGGGGGGGGGUUGUUCCUUAAGCGUGUGAGGCAACCAUGAAUAAUUCAGUAGUUGUCCAUGGGAGGGAAAAGUAUGUUUAUUCAUGAGAAAUUACAAUGACGUCAAAGUAAUUAGGCCUACGUAAUCUUGGCUGUUGACAUAGCAACAGAAUAAUGAACGAGGAGAGAUGGUAGCCAGCCUUGGUUACCAGCGCGAAUCGUUAGCUGUGAUCCAUCGUCCGGGAAAUUAAAAGUCAAAUUCUGAAUCGAUAGCAAAUUGCAUUUAUAAAUGAAUUCGGCAGCCACUCUGUUUACAAGUUGGAUGUCAUGCAUUGUUACUAGCAACGAAAACUGCAAAACACUGAAUAUUCAUAUUCACGGAUGUUGAAUAUUCAUGAGCAGCUUUGGCCACUUUCCUGCGCACAAGUCAAAUUUUGCACUAUAACCAGCUCCCGUCUUGUAUUCAAAAAUGGUUCGGUCCCGUUUAUAAUAUGUUGUGUACAAUAAUAUUUAUCUCCGUAAAAACAUGUAGAAAGCUUGCUCCAUUAAUUAAAUUAUGUGUAUCGCCCAGACAGGUUAGUAAUUGACCGAACCAGUAAGCUCCGCCCAGUGCGCACGUGGGCAAAUUAACACGCGCUCCUCUCCAAUGCCACGCUGCAUUUUCCUUCCGCGUGCAUUAUACGCGCGUGCAUGCAUGUCGGACUUUAGUGCACGCACGUCGGACAUAAAUCACGGCUGUGAUUGGUCAGAACACCAUGGGGCGGUGCUUACUGGAUCGGUCCAUUAUUAAAUAAUUGGUAAGGUUACGUAUUUGUAAGCAUUUUUUUGGGAAAUAUUUACACCAUUGUACAUGUCUGUAUAGAAGAUGACUAAAAUCAAUGUCGGAAUAAAAGGACAAACUGUGUUUUCGGUGCCAUUUUGUGUGUUGAGUUCCAAGUUUUUAUUCCAGAAAAUAUCAAGGGUGUUGCCUCAAAUAACAAACUUAGGAUAGGUGGUGACCAGUUUUGGCGAGUAUCAACUUAAAACUCAUCAAGGAUUUAUAAAAAGGAAACCUUGCAAUUUGGCAACAAGUUUGAUUAAAAAAA